UCAAAAUAACCUUAGAAUCUCAAUGAGCGAGUGUGUCAUGCGUCAGUUGGAGAAUGUACAAAAAUCAUUGGAAGGAAUUUCUCUGCAGUGUGUCUGCAACCUAGUUUAUUAAACAUGCCUCGUUCAAAGGAUCCAACAAAAGUGCCUCCGCAUUACUUUCACGAGCUACCCCAGGAAGACGAAGUAAGAUUAGAAAAACUAUUUAUAAAGCUUGACAAAAAGGGUAACGGACGAAUCGACGUGCACGACUUAUCGGCAGCCCUACGUGAACAUGGUGUGCAUCAAAAAUAUGCUGAGCGAUUUCUCAAAAAUAGCAAAACAACCAGUGGCGAUUUAUCAUUAGCAGAUUUUAUUUAUUAUGUAAGAGAACAUGAGAAAAAUCUUAGACUACACUUUGCAAAUCUGGACAAGAACAGAGAUGGAAAAAUUGAUACCGAUGAACUAGUGCGUGCAUUUUGCGACUUAGGCAUCCCCUUAGAUAGACGAGAGGCCACCAAAUUGUUACAGAGGAUGGAUCAAGAUGGAAGUCUCAAUAUCAGCUACGAUGAAUGGAGAGACUUUCUACUUUUGGCCCCAAGCAAUAACAUACAAGAACUCAUUAACUACUGGAGGCACUCAACUUAUAUCGACAUUGGAGAAGAUAUGAAUAUUCCGGACGACUUCACACCCAUUGAGAUGCAAACUGGAAGGUGGUGGCGCCAUUUAGCAGCUGGAGGUGUUGCUGGAGCUGUAUCAAGAACCUGCACAGCUCCUUUGGAUAGACUGAAAGUGUUUUUACAAGUGCAACCUUCUAAGCAAAGAAUAUUUGACUGCUUACAGAACAUGCUAAGGGAAGGAGGUGUGACUGGUUUAUGGAGAGGAAAUGCCAUGAAUGUAUUGAAAAUUGCUCCGGAGACAGCUAUUAAGUUUGCUGCGUACGAACAAGUGAAACGAGUCAUUAAAGGUAAUUCUAAAGAAGCCCUUAGCAUUUAUGAAAGAUUCUUUGCUGGAGCUGCUGCCGGAGGAGUCAGUCAAACUAUUAUCUAUCCCUUGGAAGUUUUGAAAACUAGAUUAGCCUUAAGGAAAACUGGGCAGUACAGUAGCAUAGCCGAUGCAGCAUAUAAGAUAUAUGUCGGUGAAGGUGUUCGAGCAUAUUACAGAGGCUACAUUCCAAAUAUUCUGGGUAUUAUUCCAUAUGCGGGUAUUGACUUAGCUGUAUAUGAAACUUUGAAGAAGAAAUACUUUAAAACCCACUCUAGCAGUGAACAGCCCGCUUUUUGGAUGUUGCUGGCUUGUGGAAGUGCUAGUAGCACACUGGGUCAAAUGUGUUCUUAUCCUCUAGCAUUAAUCCGAACGAGGCUUCAGGCCCAAGUGAUUCAUCCUUCUAUGGACCCAGCUACAGCGACAAUGUCCGGUGUUUUUAAAACCAUACUCCAGAAGGAAGGUGUAUUUGGGCUUUAUCGAGGCAUAACUCCAAAUUUUAUUAAAGCAAUACCCGCAGUGAGUAUAAGUUAUGUUACUUAUGAGUAUUCAAGUCGAAUAUUAGGGAUUCAUAUGACAUGAUCACCAGGAACCUUAGAAAUGAAAUUUAUUUAUUUUUUUAACGUUAGAAACCUUACAAAAAGGUUAACAUGAUUCCUCCCAUAAGUAUUUAUUAUUUUUAGUUAGUGGGAAUUUUACAUAAGCAAACAUAUAUAGGUUUUAAGCAUGGGUUCUGUGAUAAUUUAUAGUUAUGUAUAUACUUAGUCCAUAGAUAGGCUUUUAAAAGAUGUUGCACAGUGAUGUUAAACACCCAUGGAUAUUGUCUUGAAGUAAAUUUGAUAAUACCAGAAACUUCGGUGUAGUUUUUGUUAUGGAGUGAAUAUAUUAUACGUUGUGUGGUGUUCUGGUCAAAUAAUAUUAAUAAUCGAGUGUAUGAUUGAAAUUAAACAAAAACCAUACUCUUAAUGUAGCUUUUAAUUGCAAAUUGUGGCAAGAGAGCUGGUGGGAAAUUGAGCAGCUCAUUCAUUUGAUAUAACAUUACUUCUUAAGAAAUAGCAAUAUUGUUCAAAUUGGAUUUGAACCUCAACACCGGUUCUGCAUCGUUUAAUUUUAUUUAUGUGCUUACUUGAGCAUAAAAUAACCAUCACCAAAGAGUAUUUAUUUAUCCAAAAUAUUCUUGGUCCAAAGUUUAAAUGAAAAGUUAUUUGAUAAAAUUGUAGUCUAGGAAUGUCACCUUGUAAUUGCUAAUCACGGCUAUCCCUGGAUUUCUAUGUAACAUGAGCCAGUACUUUAUUGUUUCAAUAUUGUACAUAUUUUUACAUUUUACAUGCCUCCCACUCCUUUUAAACAUAAGUAUUUAUUGGUAAUUUUAGUUAAAUCAUUAGCGCUUUCGGAAACAUAAUAACAUGUUAGGUUACUAUACUUUAUGCAAUUCAAUAAAACCUAAAGUUAAAAAAAUACAAUUGUUGAAGCCUUUGCGGAUAAUGAAUGCUUUUAUUAAAUCGAUAAAAAGUGUAAUGUUUUUGAAAAUGAGGGAUUAUGUGUGGUACCUAUCCUUUUAAAUCAAAACUACUUCAUUUUACAAAGUAUUGUUACCAAAUAAUGAUGGCCAAAGAAGUCCAAGACUUUUUAGCUCAUCUAUCUGUUAAAAACUCUCAUCAUUGCUUGUUGUACGGCUUAUUUGGAUUGAAUACUGGUAAAGUUUUAUUUAAGGAAACAUUACUUGAUAUUUUUAAAACAUUGCGUUGGAAUGUAAAUCCAAAGAAGAAGCCAGCGUGGAAAAGUAGAUCUUAAAUUGUAAUUUAUUUAUAAAUGUUUGUAAUCGCGAGUUUGAUUCCCUUUUAUCCCAUGUGCUGUGAUGUGGGUACAAUUUCCUUUGUUGUGUUUAAGGAUUGUUGAUUUUCUUAGCAUUUAUUACUGAUAACGAAAUAUUUAUGGGAUAAAUUGUUACCCGUCUACUUUCUAAAUGUUCAUGCUUUCAAAUGUUACAGUUUUUCAGCCUACAAUACUCAACUUGUUCACGAUAGCCAGUUAUCGGUUCAAUAAAUUUCAAUAUACCAAAAA